AAAAAAUAACUCUCUGGUACUUACAAAUUAUGUUAGGGCUGGUUGGCCUUGUCAUCUCCUACGCCCUCACGAUCAGCAACUUCUUGAACAAUGUGGUGGGAUCCCUCACUGAGACAGAACGAGAACUAGUGAGCGUCGAGCGAGUCAAGCAGUAUCUGGAUGGUGCAGAGCCAGAGAGAAGAGAAGGCACUGCAGUCCCUCCAUUUGGCUGGCUGAGCCAUGGCUCCAUCCGGUUCCAAAAUGUCUCCCUGCGAUACCAUGAGCACAACCCUUAUGCCUUGAAGAAAGUUAAUUUUGAGGUGGGAGCAUCUGAGAAGGUUGGCAUCAUUGGUCGCACAGGUGCUGGCAAAAGUUCCAUAUUUACUGCUCUGUUUCGGCUGGUUGAACUGACUCGUGGCCGAAUAUAUGUUGAUAAUGUGGAUAUUUCAAAAUUAAGCCUUAAAAGAUUACGGUCCAGCAUGGCCAUUGUAACACAAGAUGCUCUGCUGUUUAGUGGGACAGUUAGGGAGAAUCUUGACCCAUGUGGGGAGUCUCUUGAUUCACAAGUGUGGCAGGCACUGAAGUCAUGCCAUCUGGCUGAGCUGGUCCAGACUCUUGGAGGCCUUACAGCCAGAAUAGAAGAGGCUGGGAAAGCCAUGUCAUCAGGAGAGAGACAACUAUUUUGCCUAGCAAGGGCACUUCUGUGCAGAACAAAGGUUGUGUGCAUAGAUGAAGGAACUUCCCAGCUUGACAAUGAGACAGAUAAGCAAAUCCAGCAAACCAUUCGCAGUGCCUUCAGGAACAAAACAGUCCUCAUCAUUGCUCAUAGGGUGCACACGGUUAUUGAUAACCAGAAGUUAUAA